UGACAUUACACAAACCCUCACAUACACACACACACACACACACUCCCAUACACACACAUACUUAUACACACUCAGACACACACGCACUCGGGUUAGGUCGGGUGUUCGGAGCUCCAGCCGGCUGAAGCUUCUCUCCCUGUUUGUUGUUUAUAGUGGAGGUUUUUAUUAUACGGGUCUCUGAGGAGAACAUCACGCGGGAAUAAGAUAAGAGAUUAAAACGAUAAAGAAUAAUAUUUUAACUUAUUUAAAGUGUUCUUAAACCGCCUGUUUUUUGGGGUGAAACUCGGGGGAAUAGAGAAGAGCUCAGGACUCAGCGGGUUGUUGCGGCUCGAGCUCCGGUCUGAGCGGGCUGGGAUGGUGAGCGCGCGCGGCACGCUGCUGACCCGCGCCCCGCCUGGAGAGAGAGCCGCCGGGGGGAGACCGCGGGAGUAACCGGCGGCGGAGAGACCGGCGGAGAGACCGGGAGCAGCGGGGAGACCGAGCCCGGGGAGCGGCGGCAGCAUGGAGGACGGAUUCUCCAGCUACAGCUCUUUAUACGAUACAUCCUCAUUACUGCAGUUCUGUAACGAUGACAGUGCUUCAGCAGCGAGCAGUAUGGAGGUGACGGAUCGUAUCGCCUCUCUGGAGCAGAGAGUUCAGAUGCAGGAGGACGAGAUCCAGCUGCUGAAAUCUGCUCUCGCCGACGUGGUGAGAAGACUCAACAUCUCUGAGGAGCAGCAAGCCCUGCUCAACAGGAAGGGACCAACCAAAGAACCAGCAGGGAUGAGGAAAUCUGCCUCUGCAGACGGCAGUGGUGGGAAGACAGCCAGGCCGAUGAUCGCAGCCCUUCCUCUGAGGCCCACCGUCAACAACGGCACCGUCCUACCAAAGAAAACCCUGCCGUCUCCCUCCGGUUCCAAGAAGGACAACAAUACACCAGCGACCAAGAGUAUGUCCAGUGUGUCCAGUCUGUCCAGCUCAUCCAGGUAUCUUCUCAGACCGCCCUUCAGCACUGUGAAAAGAACGAGUUCCUCAGAGCAGGUUGGGCCCACCAGCAGGAAAGACAGCGCAGGAGACGCCAAAAACAACCGGACUCGAACCGGAUCCACCGGGAGCAACUCCAGCAGCAAGAGAUCCAGUGAAAGUAAACAGAGGGAGCCUGUGUUCAGCGCUGGAAUGAGACGGGUGACGCACUGUAAAGAAGAAGGAUAUGUGAAAAUGUAUUUGAAGGGGAGGCCGAUCACCAUGUACUUGCCCAAAGAUCUGGUGGAUUCGUACUGUUUAGAAGCGAAAGCUGAGCUGCCGGUUAAGAAGCUGAAGCUGGAGUGGGUUUAUGGAUAUCGAGGUCGAGACUGUAGAUCUAAUCUGUAUCUGCUCCCCACCGGAGAGACGCUUUACUUCAUCGCCUCGGUGGUGGUGCUGUAUAACGUAGACGAGCAGCUGCAGAGACACUACACCGGACACACUGACGACAUCAAGUGCCUCGCUGUCCAUCCUGAUAAAAUCACCAUAGCAACAGGACAAGUGGCCGGCACGUCUUCUGAUGGAAAACAGUUGGCUCCUCAUGUUCGUGUUUGGGACUCUGUGAGUUUAAACACUCUGCAUGUUCUCGGCUCUGGAUUCUUCGACAGAGCUCUCGUCUGCCUCUCCUUCUCCAAAUCAAAUGGAGGGAGCUGGUUGUGUGUGGUGGAUGACUCUAAUGAUCAUGUUCUCUCAGUGUGGGACUGGCAGAGGGAGGAGAGACUGGCUGAAGUGAAGUGCUCCAACGAGUCCGUUUUUGCUUCUGAUUUCCACCCGACAGACGCGAACACCAUCGUAACGUGUGGAAAAUCCCAUCUUUACUUCUGGUCUCUAGAAAAAAACUCUCUGGUGAAAAAACAGGGACUGUUUGAGAAACAAGAGAAGCCCAAGUUUGUCUUGUGUGUGACUUUUUCAGAAAACGGUGACGCCAUCACUGGUGACUCCAGCGGGAAUAUACUUGUCUGGGGUAAAGGCUCUAAUCGCAUCAGUCUGGCGCUUCAGGCGGCGCAUGAGAGCAGCGUGUUGGCGCUCUGCAUGCUGAGAAACGGGACGCUGCUUUCAGGAGGGAAAGAUCGCAGGAUCACAGCCUGGGACGGAAAUUACCAGAAGAUCCAAACGGUGGAGAUUCCUGAAGUGUACGGGCCGAUUCGCACGGUUGCUGAGGGGCGAGGAGAGACUGUUCUUAUUGGAACAACUAAAAACUACGUCCUGCAGGGCAGCCUGGACGGAGAAUUCACCCCCAUUACUCAGGGUCAUACGGAUGAGUUGUGGGGUUUAGCUGUUCACCCGCUGAAGCACCAGUUCCUAACCUGUGGCCACGAUAAACUGGUCUGUCUGUGGGACUGUGAUCAACACCAGCCUCUCUGGACCAAAACCAUGGAGGAUGCUGCUCAGUCGGCGGGGUUUCAUCCCUCCGGGGCGACGGUUGCUAUAGGAACACAGACAGGCAGGUGGCUGGUUUUAGACACAGAGACGAAGGAUCUGGUGACGAUGCACACCGACGGGAACGAGCAGAUCUCUGUGAUGAGUUUUUCUCCAGAUGGAAAUUUCCUCGCUAUCGGGUCACAUGAUAACUACAUCUACAUCUACGCUGUGUCUGAAAACGGCAGGAAGUACAGCAGAGUGGGAAAGUGCUCGGGUCACUCCAGUUUUAUCACUCAUUUAGACUGGUCUGUCGACUCUCAGUACCUGGUGUCCAACUCCGGAGAUUAUGAGAUACUUUACUGGAUCCCCUCUGUGUGUAAACAGGUGGUGAGUGUGGAGACCACUCGAGAUAUCCCAUGGUCCUCCUUCACCUGCACACUGAGCUUCCAUGUGUUUGGGUUAUGGCCGGAUGGAUCAGAUGGUACGGAUGUUAAUGCCGUGUGCAGGUCUAAUGAGACGAGGCUUCUCGCGACCGGAGACGAUUUUGGAAAAGUUCAUCUCUUCUCGUUCCCCUGCUCUCAGUCCAGAGCUCCCAGUCACGUGUACGGCGGACACAGCAGUCACGUCACUAACGUCCACUUCCUGUUUAAUGACAGUCACCUGGUGUCCACCGGGGGGAAGGACAUGAGCGUGAUGCAGUGGAGAGUGGUGUAAACGACUACUGACUCUAACAGACCGGCUGAAUCCAAUAAAAACGUGGGAUUA